UACAUUUUCGCGUUCCAGCUUUCAUUUGUUCGGGGCAAAGGGCGAGGGCUUCUUUGUUUGUUAUUUUACAAGUUUGCCAUUUGGAACGCCACAUGGCUGGGCUACACCCCAUAUAUCCAGGGAGUGUGUGGGGCCACGCCUCCGCCGCCUCUCCUACCAACAUAUUUGGUGAGCCAGGACAGUGCCUAGGCGCUCCUGACCCACAGUCAGGCAGGCAGGACAGCAGUUGUAACUGGAUUGGCAAGGCAGCCGGACGUGUGACUCGGGAGCUAACUCCACCAUAAAUCAGGCGGAACCAUGGAUGACGAUACGGAUAUCUUUGACAUUGACCCGCGUGAAGUGUGGCUGGAAAAGGAUGCCAUUGGGGGAUUCCGAGUGUGGCACAUCAUAGCCGCUGUUAUCGGCAUUCUCAUGCUAAUAAUGAUAAUGGUGUGCUGCUGCAUACGCUUCCGUAUACCGCGAACCAAGCAGGAAAUCGAGGCGGACUACCAGCGCAAACAGAUAACCAAAAAGUUUCGCGAGAAGCUGCAACAGAUCAAGAACUCGGAAAUGGAUGAUAUGGAUCUGCAGAAGGUUUGUUCCCGCAUUCAGAACGAUUAUCUGAACUUACAGGCCAGCAUGGAGAGCAUGAAUGAGAAGCAGAAUGUUAAGUUUAAGAUCUAAAAGUGCCUCCCACUCCUUGGGGAAGCAGUGUGUGUGUUAUACGUAACUGUUAUAGUAUUGUGCAUCCGGCGGAGAUAGUAGUCUUAAGAAAAUGUUAGUAACCUAAGAUUGCGGCAAAUGCGUUUAAAUAUGCCACACAGAAAGUUAAUAAAUUUAGACAGGCUAAAAUAGUUUGGCUUUCAACCAUUUCUAUCGACUCGCACAUUAAGAAGGAAU